AUGGUCCCGCUUCCGGCUAAGCCGGAGAAGCGCAGUGCGCCUGAAGACGAGAUCGCCGCUCGGCCCCAGAAAAAGACCAUGACGGACAUCGCGAUGCAUGUGGACAACCCACAGGAGACUGUGGAGUUGAUUAAGCAGGGGGAAAUCGAUGAGUCCCUAUACAGUCGCCAACUGUAUGUACUGGGCCAUGAAGCCAUGAAGCGCAUGGGCUCUUCGAACGUACUGGUUGUUGGUCUCAAGGGUCUUGGUGUGGAAGUCGCCAAGAACAUUGCUCUUGCCGGUGUCAAGUCCCUCACCCUCUACGACCCCGCUCCUGUCGCCAUCUCAGAUCUGUCCUCCCAAUUUUUCCUCCAGCCACAAGAUGUCGGCAAGCCCCGCGCUGAAGUCACCGCUCCUCGUGUUUCCGAGCUCAACUCUUAUGUCCCAGUCACCAUCCACGAGGGCGCGAAUCUUGUGGACGAUCUGGAGCAGCUGAAGCGGUACCAGGCUGUCGUGCUCACACUUACACCCUUGAAGGAGCAGUUGGUCAUUGCGGACUUUUGCCACAAGAAUGGAAUUUACCUGACAAUUGCGGAUACAUUUGGUCUCUUUGGUUACAUCUUCAACGACUUCGGAAAGAACUUCACUGUCGGCGAUCCUACUGGCGAGGAGCCUGUCAGCGGAAUUGUUGCCGAUAUUGCCCAGGAUGGUCUGGUUUCUGCCUUGGAUGAGACACGGCAUGGACUCGAGGAUGGCGAUUUUGUGACUUUCUCUGAGGUCAAGGGAAUGGAAGGACUAAAUGAGAGCGCACCCCGCAAGGUUACCGUUAAGGGUCCAUACACUUUUACCAUUGGUGAUGUGUCUGACCUUGGCUCCUACGAAGGCGGUGGUAUCUUCGCUCAGGUCAAGAUGCCAAAGUUUAUUGAUUUCCAGCCCUUGUCGGAGCAGAUAAAGAACCCCGAGUUCUUGGUCUCGGAUUUCGCCAAGUUCGACCGCCCGGCGCAGUUGCACAUUGGUAUCCAGGCCCUUCACAAGUAUGCAGAGAGCCAUGACGGCCAGUUUCCUCGUCCACACAAUGACAGCGACGCUCAGGAGAUCAUCAAGCUUGCUACUGAGCUUGCGGGUGCCGGUGAGGAGAAGGUAGAGCUGGAUGAGAAGGUGAUCAAGGAAUUGAGUUACCAAGCCCGUGGUGAUCUUAACGCAUUGGCUGCUUUCUUUGGAGGUAUCGCUGCUCAGGAAGUCCUCAAGGCUGUGUCUGGAAAGUUCAGCCCUGUACACCAGUGGAUGUACUUUGACUCUCUUGAGUCUCUCCCAUCCUCAACUACUCGAUCCGAGGAGAGCUGCAAGCCUCUUGGCUCUCGCUAUGAUGGACAAAUUGCAGUCUUUGGUAAGGAGUACCAGGAGAAACUUUCCAACGUUCGUCAAUUCUUGGUCGGUGCUGGAGCCAUUGGUUGUGAGACUUUGAAGAAUUGGGCUAUGAUGGGUCUGGGUACUGGCCCCAAGGGCAAGAUCUAUGUCACCGAUAUGGACCAGAUCGAGAAGAGCAACUUGAACCGUCAAUUCCUCUUCCGCCCCAAGGAUGUGGGCCGCCUCAAGAGUGACUGCGCCUCUGCUGCUGUGCAAGUGAUGAACCCCGACUUGAACGACAAGAUUGUAACUCUGCGCGAUCGUGUUGGCCAGGACACAGAACACAUCUUCAAUGAAGAUUUCUGGAAUGGCCUGGAUGGCGUUACCAAUGCCUUGGACAACGUUGACGCCCGCACAUAUGUUGACCGUCGCUGCGUCUUCUUCCGCAAGCCUCUUUUGGAGAGUGGUACCCUUGGCACCAAGGGAAACACGCAGGUCAUCCUACCCUUCAUCACCGAGUCUUACUCCAGCUCCCAGGAUCCUCCUGAGAAAUCCUUCCCUAUACCUAUUACGUUGGACCCCCCUGAGGCUGUCAACAUGUAUCUUUCCCAGCCUGAUUACAUUGAGCAGACUCUCAAGCAGGCUGGCAGUGAGAAGCAGACAUUGGAACACCUGCGUGAUUUCUUGGUUACCGAGAAGCCUUUGACUUUUGAUGACUGCAUUGUCUGGGCCCGCCAACAAUUCGAGGCUCAGUACAACAAUGCUAUUCAACAACUGCUCUACAACUUCCCCAGGGACUCUAAGACAUCCUCAGGCCAGGCGUUCUGGUCUGGUCCUAAGCGUGCUCCAACUCCCUUGAAGUUUGAUAGCUCCAACCCCACUCAUCUCGGAUUCGUCAUUGCCGGCGCCAAUUUGCAUGCCUUUAACUAUGGCAUCAAGAACCCUGAAUCGGAUAAGAGCUACUACCGAAAGAUUGUGGAUGACAUGAUUAUUCCCGAGUUUACACCCAGCUCCAGCGUGAAGAUUCAGGCUAAUGACAAUGAGCCCGACCCCAAUGUUCAAUCAGCUGAUUCUGCCAGUGAUGGCGAAAUUAUUCAACGUCUGGUAGACGCCCUGCCAUCACCCAAGUCUCUUGCCGGCUUCCGCUUGCAGCCUGUGGAAUUUGAGAAGGAUGAUGACACCAACCACCACAUCGACUUCAUCACGGCGGCCAGUAACCUGCGUGCCGAUAACUAUGAAAUCCCUCAAGCGGAUCGGCACAAGACUAAGUUCAUUGCUGGAAAGAUUAUUCCUGCUAUUGCCACCGCUACAGCUCUGGUCACCGGUCUCGUGGCCUUGGAGCUGUUCAAGGUUGUCGAUGGCAAGGACGAUAUUGAGCAGUACAAGAACGGUUUUAUCAACCUUGCUCUUCCAUUCUUUGGUUUCAGUGAGCCGAUCGCCAGCCCCAAGGGCAAGUAUCAAGGCAAGGAGGCUGAGGUCACUAUUGAUAGACUGUGGGAUCGAUUUGAGGUGGACGACAUCCCUCUCCAGGAGUUCUUGGACUAUUUUGCCAAUAAGGGCCUGGAUAUCACUAUGGUUAGCUCUGGCGUGAGCUUGCUGUAUGCCAGCUUCUACCCUCCUUCGAAGGUCAAGGACCGCCUUCCACUAACAAUGAGUAAGCUUGUGGAGCAUGUUAGUAAGAAGCCUGUGCCAGAGCACCAGAAGAACAUUAUCUUCGAGGUGACCGCGGAGGACCAGACCGAAGAGGAUGUGGAGAUUCCCUACGUGAUGUUCGCCGAUGCUCUUGAAGCUCUUCCGCUCACCAGCGUUGCAACAUUUCUCACGACCUUCAAUUCUUCGCGCGGGACUGGAAACUCCGGCAAAAUCACUGACUGGGUGAACCCCAAUGACAAGUCAGGCGAGUUCAAGCGACAGCAAUCUGUCUUCCGCAGCUUUAUCUCUCGCGAAGCUGGCGCAGAGUUCCCACCCGAGAAGGGCCGUUAUCAUCUUUAUGUCUCUUAUGCCUGCCCGUGGGCUCACCGAACACUCAUCACCCGGAAGCUCAAGGGCUUAGAGGAUAUCAUCUCCUUUUCGUCGGUGCACUGGCACCUAGCUGAAAAGGGAUGGCGUUUCGCUACUCCAGAUGAGAAUAUCCCAGGAGAAAACACUAUUCCAGAUCCCUUGCACCCGGAGUUCACUCAUCUACGUGAAAUCUACUUCUCAAAUGACCCGAAUUACGGCGGCAGAUUUACUGUCCCUGUUCUAUUCGAUAAGAAGACCAAGCAAAUCGUCAGCAACGAGAGCGCCGAAAUCAUCCGCAUGCUGUACUAUGAGUUCGACGGCCUUGUCGAAGAGAAGUACAAGGCUCUUGAUCUUUUCCCUGCUCACCUCCGCCAGGAGAUUGAUGCAAGCAAUGAAUGGAUCUACAACGACGUCAACAACGGCGUCUACAAAUCCGGCUUUGCAACCACACAAGAGGCCUACGAAAACGCCGUCACAACUCUCUUUUCCUCUCUCGAUAAGAUCGAGGCUCAUCUUGCUAAGCAAGCCUCUAUUUCACCCUACUUCUUCGGUAAUACUGUCACCGAAGCCGAUAUCAGACUCUUCACUACCAUUAUUCGCUUUGAUCCUGUUUACGUCCAACAUUUCAAGUGUAAUAUCCGUGAUAUUCGCUCUGGAUACCCUGCUAUUCACCGCUGGGUGCGUGAUCUUUACUGGGAUGUCCCUGCCUUCGGCGAGACAACCGAGUUCGAGCAUAUCAAGAAACAUUAUACCAAGUCGCAUAAGCAGAUUAAUCAGUUUGCUAUUACUCCUGUUGGGCCGGUUCCGGAUGUUUUGCCCAAGGAUCAGGAAGUCAACGCUGUUAAGGGAGCUUAA